AUGUCCGUCCUACGUGGAACAGCGUUGAGCCUGCUGGUUUCGGGAGCGGCGGCGGCCGGCCACCUCUUCCCGGACUGUGCCAAUGGACCUCUCUCCAACAAUACCAUUUGCGAUACCAGCGCCUCUGUCCCGGACCGUGCCAAGGCUCUCGUUGCGGUAUUGACCACGCCGGAAAAGUUUCAACUUGUCGGCAGCACCUCGCCGGGGGUCCCGCGUCUUGGGCUUCCGAGCUACGAAUGGUGGCAGGAGGCAUUGCAUGGAGUAGCGAGUUCCCCUGGAGUUCAGUUUGCUUCUUCUGGGAAUUACUCUUAUGCUACAUCCUUUCCGCAACCCAUUCUGAUGGGGGCAGCAUUCGAUGAUGCCCUCAUUGAAGCAGUUGCCACGGUGAUUAGCACAGAAGCAAGGGCUUUUAAUAAUGCCAACCGUUCUGGGCUGGAUUAUUGGACACCAAAUAUCAACCCUUACCGCGAUCCACGAUGGGGACGUGGUCAGGAGACGCCGGGAGAAGACCCCUUCCACAUCAAGUCCUACGUCAAGGCGCUCAUCAGCGGUCUUCAGGGAGAUGAUCCAGAUUACCUCAAGGUCGUGGCAACCUGCAAGCAUUUUGCCGGUUAUGACAUUGAGAACUGGGGCGGCAACGAGCGCUAUGGGUUCGACGCCAUCAUCAACUCGCAAGAAUUGAGUGAGUACUAUAUGCAGCCCUUCAAGGCUUGCGCAAGAGAUGCAAAAGUCGCAUCCAUCAUGUGCUCGUACAAUGCACUCAACGGAGUACCGACCUGCGCCAAUUCGUAUAUUCUACAAGACGUCCUUAGAGAUCACUGGAAUUGGACCGACGACGGCUUCUAUGUGGUAUCUGAUUGCGAUGCUAUACAAAAUGUCUUUCUGCCGCACAACUACUCGCUUACACGAGAGGGCGCCGCUGCCGACUCGCUCAUUGCCGGCACCGAUCUCAAUUGCGGGACGUACUACCCAUUGCACCUCCCUGCUGCCUAUGAGCAAGGCCUCUUUGACGAUACCGUGAUUGACCAGGCCUUGGUCCGGUUGUACUCGGCACAAGUCAGACUGGGCAUGUUUGAUCCGGCGUCAUCGACUGCGUACCGCUCUCUUGCCUUUGCCGACGUCAACACUCCAGAGGCGCAAGAGCUGGCUCUCAAGGCAGCAGAAGAGGGCAUCGUGCUGAUCAAGAACGACGGGACCCUACCGCUGGCGAUACCCGAGACUGGAAACCUGACGAUUGCUCUCGUCGGCCCCUGGGCUAAUGCAUCCGCCGCCCAGAUGCAGGGCAACUACGCCGGCAUCGCCCCUUUUGUGCACAACCCGCUGACGGCGGCGAAUUCUCUAGAGGGCGUCAACGUGGUAUACGGCGGCAGCCCCGGUGACCCGACGACCGACUCCUGGCCGGCGGCGCUUUGGGCAGGUCUGACGGCGGACGUCAUCAUCUACGUUGACGGAUCCAACAGUGGCGAAGAGCAGGACCGAAACACGAUCCACUGGACGGGAGAGCGCCAGGACAUCAUGACGCAGAUUGCGGGCUUGGGCAAGCCCUUUGUCCUGGUGCAGAUGGGCGACCAGCUCGACGACGCGCCGUACCUGCGCCACGAAAACGUCUCGGCCAUCCUAUGGGCGGGCUUCCCGGGCCAAGCGGGCGGUGAUGCCAUUAUGAACAUCAUUACGGGAGCUACGGCGCCUGCCGGUCGCCUGCCCGUUACCCAGUACCCGGCAGACUACGUUAACCGGGUUGCCAUGACGGACAUGAGCCUCCGUCCCAACGAGACGACCGGCAACCCGGGCCGGACGUACCAGUGGUUUGGCGAGGCGACGGUGCCGUUUGGACACGGACUGCACUAUACUGAGUUUGAUAUUUCCAUCACGGGCAAUGCCACCGACGAUGCGGGCUGGGACAUUGGCGAGCUCAUUGCGGCCUGUAACGAGGAGUACAAGGACCUCUGCCCAUUCCAGAGCGUCGCCGUGGCCGUUGAUAACACGGGCAAUGUCACCUCCGACUAUGUGGCGCUCGGCUUCCUCGCCGGCGCAUUCGGCCCGGAGCCGUACCCGCUCAAGCAGCUGGUGGCAUACCAGCGACUCUUUGACUUGGCGCCUGGGUCUGCUACGGCGACAGUCGUGCUCAACUUGACCCUGGGAAGUCUCGGCAGGCACGACGAGGCUGGCAACUUGGUCUUGUACCCUGGGGCGUACAGUCUGUUGGUUGACGUUCCAACAAGGGCGACUUGGAAUUUCACCUUGACUGGAGAUAGCGUUGUGCUAGAGGAAUGGCCUCAGGACACGGGUCACUGA